AUGGUGGAAGUUAUUGCCACAACCAAAAUGGCAGGAAAACACCGAAGAGCACGUCGACGAAAUCUUGGAAGUGAGAAACCAUUGUUUUCCUUUCCUCUUGUCGUGAUGGCAACGUUGGGUUUUCUUUCCAUGAUUGGAAUCUUCGUCUUUCUAUCCAUCAAUCCUGACGACCCAUCAAGUGCAAAUACAAAAACCUCCGCAAUAUACAAAAAUCCCGAUGACCUACCCAACUCUUUGGUCAAGAAUCUAGACGUCAUUAUGGUUCUAGGUGGAGGAGUUCCUGAAUCAAUCGACAAACCUCCCGUUUAUGUGCAACGUCGAUGUGACGACGCUGCCAAAAUAGUCGGAAAGUAUGCUGAACUUAAUGGUCUCAAGAGCACAGCAGCGCAAGAAGGAGGAAGUUCCAACAUUCAGGUUCGAGGGUCCAGCACUCAUGAAGCACUUCCAAUAUUAUGUUUAUCGGCUGGGACGGCGCAUCUUCCUCAAGCUCUUAGUUCGGAUGGGUUGCCAAUCUGGGAAUCCACCGCUUGUGCCGGCUACUUGCAACAAAGCUAUGGAAUGUCCAAGAAUGUCUAUGUGGAAACAGUAUCGUAUGACACCAUUAGCAAUGCUUACUUUGCUCGAGCAACUCAUACUGAUGUUACAGGGUGGCGGGACAUACUGGUCAUUACCAACCAAUUUCAUAUUGAGCGCACCAAAGCAAUUUUUGAUUGGAUAUUUGUACAGGUCGACAGUGGGAAGAAGAAGAAACGCAGGGAAAAAUACAGAAUACACUACCUCGCUUCGCCUAACGUGGGACUAUCAGAAGAAGCGAUUGCAGCUCGCGUUGAGAGAGAAAGGCAGAGUGAAAAAACGGUUCGAGAAAAACUGGUUCCAAAAUACAAGACGUUAAAGGCAGUGUGGGAAUUUUUGAAUCACUCUCACUCUUUCUACACUUCUUCCAAGCUAUUAGAUAGAGCAAAGGGAAACGGUGAUCAAAUUCCGUCAGAAGCGGCAAAGAAAAGCUAUGGUGCCACGUAG